AAAUUAUUCUCAUUCCGUGGCUACGAAGGUGAAGAUUUUCUGGCUUUCAAAUCUAAUCUCGAAGACUACUUUUCUCUUAAAAAUAUCACUGAUGACACUUACAAAAUUACUAUCUUCCGUACCUUACUUUCUGGAAAAGCAAGAGCUGAUCUUGAUAAUAUUUAUGGUUACCCUCCCGAUAAUAAGGACCUAAAGUAUGCUGAAGUCGUACGUCUCGUUGAUAAUAUUUACAACACUGAAGAAAUGAAAGAAGCAAAGAAGGAUGCUUUCAAUGGUAUCAACCAAUUAGACAAUGAAUCUCCUACCAAUUUUUGGAACCGUAUUUCUGAAGCUGCUCAUGUUGCUGGUAUUACCUCUGUUGCUACUAUUAGAUCAAGAUUUAAGUAUGGUCUGCUCAAAGCUGUCAGAGAACAUUGUAUUUGUACUGGUGCCAAAUCUCAUGAAGAUUAUAUGCGCUUAGCCCAAGGAUAUUGG